AUGUAUAGUUGGGGGUGUUCAGCUCGCGUCAGUUCUUGGUUUUCGGUAAAGAUGACGACGGGUGUACUGAAGACGUCAAUCUUGUCGUUGGUGAUCAUUUCUGUGUACGGUUUACCAGACUUGAAAAGUUUAUCUGAAAGUAAUGAAGUUAUUACAAAAAAUACUAUAUUUGGCGAUGAGCGGUUGGCAGGAGAGAUCUUCGAGGACGUCGAUGCCUACACUAAUAUGGAACUUAGUCCUAUGAAUGGAGAUGCCUCCAACUACAGAUUACCGAACACUACAAUUCCGACACACUACAAUAUAUUAUUCGCCAUCGACUUAUCACAAGAACCGUUGAGGCAGUCUGGAACCGUUGAAAUUCAUCUUCAAGCCACUCAAGAAUCAGUCAAUGAGAUAGUAAUUCACUCAGAUGCACUAACUCUUUCCAGGAUAGAAUUGACUCAGGGAAAUAACCAAAUAUCUAUAACUCAUGAUGUUGAUACUAUAAAUCAACUCUUGAGAAUUCGUCUUGCUAAUGGCUAUCUUGCCUACAAUGUUGAUCCCAUUAAUCCUGUAAUUUAUAUUCUGACAAUUGAUUUCGGAUCUGAGUUGCGAGAUGACAUGCGUGGGAUUUAUAGAAAUUGGUACAGAAACGACGCUUCUGAAGGCGUUAGGUGGAUGGCUUCAACGCAUUUCCAGGCUACUGCGGCUCGCUGGGCUUUUCCUUGCUACGAUGAACCAAGUUUUAAAGCUACAUUUAGUGUCACUAUCAGACGGCAAAUAUCUUACCGGAGUUGGUUUUGCACCAGGCUUCUGGCAACAAGACCAUCUCCAAACACCCCUGGCUUUGAAGAUGACGUAUACCACACUACUCCUAUAAUGUCCACAUAUUUGCUGGCAUUAAUCGUCGCUGAAUAUGACAGUAUCAUUGUAACAAAUACGGAUGGGGCUCUAAGUUACGAAGUUAUUGCCCGUCCAGGUGCUAUAACUACUGGUCAAGGACAAUAUGCCUUAGAAGCAGGGCAAGCGCUUUUAACAGAAAUGAGUAGCCAUACAGCCUACGAUUUUUACUCAAUACACCCGCAGCUCAAAAUGACUCAAGCUUCAGUUCCUGACUUUAGUGCCGGUGCUAUGGAAAAUUGGGGGCUCCUUAUAUACAGAGAGGCCUAUUUAAUGGUAGAUGAAAAUGAAACUAAUAGCCUGUUCAAGCAAAGAAUUGCUUCUGUAUUGUCUCAUGAAAUUGCUCACAUGUGGUUUGGCAACCUCGUCACCUGCGACUGGUGGGACAACCUCUGGCUCAAUGAAGGUUUUGCUAGAUACUACCAAUACUUCCUCACAUCCUGGGUGGAAGGUAUGGGCUUCGAUAUUCGUUUUAUUACUGAACAAGCGCAUACUUCUCUACUGGCUGACUCAGCUAAUAAUCCACACCCGUUGACUGCUUCGGGCCUUAAUACAAAUCCUGCCGUAAGAACCAUGUUCUCAACCAUCAGCUAUAAUAAAGGUGCUUCUAUCAUUAGGAUGACUGAACACCUCUUGGGCUUUAAUGUGCACCUACAGGGCCUGAGAAACUAUUUACGUGGAAGAGAAUUCAAAACCGCCCUUCCAAUUCACUUAUUCGAAUACCUAGAGCAAGCAGGUGUCCAAGCCGGAGUAUUGAAUUACGCUGAUUUUUCUCUUAUCGAUUACUAUAAAAGUUGGACAGAACAACCUGGACAUCCUGUCCUGAACAUUUUAGUCAACCAUCAAACUGGUGAAAUGACAAUACAGCAGCGCCGUUUUAACAUCAACACUGGUUACUCUACCAGUAAUAACAAUUAUAUUGUGCCUAUAACAUUCGCUACAGCCAGCAACCCGAACUUUGGUGACACCAAACCUACACACAUUAUCUCUCAGGCUGUCAGUAUUAUCAACCGUGGAUCUGUUGGUGAUGAAUGGGUUAUUUUCAAUAAGCAGCAGACUGGUUUCUACAGAGUUAACUACGAUGAAUAUACCUGGGACCUUAUUUCUGUAGCUCUUAAGGGUGCUGAUAGAACAUUGAUUCAUACAUAUAAUAGAGCACAGAUUGUUGAUGACGUCUUCCAAUUCGCUCGUUCUGGUAUCAUGACGUAUACUCGUGCAUUAAAUAUUCUGUCUUUUCUCGAAAAUGAGACUGAUUACGCGCCAUGGGUUGCUGCCAUAACUGGUUUUAAUUGGCUUAGAAACCGUCUUGCUAGUGCUACAACUGUUACUGAGCUCAACCAACUUAAUGCACUUAUCGCUGGAUGGGCAUCAAGGGUGAUGGCUUCAAUAACAUACUACCCCGUUUCUGGCGAGACUUUCAUGCAGUCAUACUUGCGUUUACAACUUGCUCCGGUGAUGUGCCGCUUGGGAGUGCAAGACUGCAUUGAUGCUGCUCUCAGCCAAUUUCAAGCUCUAGUUGUGAACAAUAUCCCAGUACCAGUUGAUAGUCGAAACUGGGUGUACUGUAACGCUCUUCGGCAUGGAGGUGCGACGGAGUUCAACUUUCUGUGGAUGAGAUUCAUAGCACACAACGUCUAUACUGAAAAGAUUCUAAUUCUUGAAAAUCUUGGAUGCACAAAAGAUGCUUCGUCUUUAGAAAUGCUUUUCAAUGCUAUUGUGAAUCCAAACUUCAUAAUACGGCCCCAAGAUUAUACAAAUGCACUCAGUUCAGCAGUUAGUGGUAAUGAAGAAAAUACUGACAUUGCUCUACAAUUUAUGCAACUGAACCUUAACCUCGUCGCCAGCGCUUUUAAUGAUUCUGUCGUGAGUCUGUCUGUAGCGACACCUCUCUCAUACGUCAUUGCGAGACUGCGGUCCAACGAACGUAUCAAUGAAUUCACGACAUGGGCUACGGCAAAUCAGCAGAAUCUAGGAAGCAGUUUUGAAACUGUUAUGGGCUAUGCUAAUUCAGCUCGGGCGAGCAUAGCUUGGGCAGAAUCAGUUAGAGACGAUAUCAGGUACUACUUCGAAAUUGGAGCUGAAACACCAACAAUAUCUACGUCUGCUCCUGUAACGAGUACAAUAACUGAAUAUAUUAGUACUGAGUACGACACAGAUACUACAGCACCGAUUACUACUGAAUUAACGACGUCCACGACUACUACUACUACUACUACAACGACUACAACUACUACUGAAGCACCUAUUAUAAUAGAACCCACUACUGACCAGCCACCAUCCACGCCUUCGUCUGCUACGACGAGUUUCAUAGCAAGAUGUAUGCUCUUCAUCACGAUAACAUUAUUCCCAUUAUUAUAG